AUGACCAAGGUCCCAGUGGACAAGAAGAUCCAGAACUCUGUCAACUCGGGGCCCUUCUUUCACUCCUCAGAGCAGAAAGCACAGGUUCCAGAGAAACCACUCAAGAGCAUCAAGUACAUGGACAAGGAAAUAAUCAACCUCAAAAAAGACCUUAAACGGAGCCGAUUCUUCAUUCAGUCAGUGAAGAUCGGCCGGGGAUACUUCACGAUGCUUAAGGAGGAGAGCGCAAAGAAAAAGAUGGAUCAGCAACGUCAGAAAAUGGAAGAGGAAGAAAGAAAGAAAUUCCAGCCAGCCAGUAAGAGCUCCGAUAUACACUUCGGUGACACUCUUUUGAGCACGUCAGAAGACAAGAUGAAGAAGAUGGGAAGAGGGACUGAAAUGGUGCUCCGCCCCUUCCUGCCCUGUCACAGCAACAUCAUCUCAGCCUUUCUCCCCGAGGCUCACGUUGAACCCCUCUUCCGGCAGCUCUGCGCCCUCCACUGGCUCCUGGAGGCCCUGACUAUUGACCACACUCACCAAACCAUGAAGCCUGUGAUCACCUGCUGGAAUCUUAAGGACCCAGGUGGGAGCAAGAGUACAGUGAAAAAAAUCAUGAAGGACAAGUCCAAGGACCAAAGGUGGGAGCAGUUCGUCACCAUGUCAAAGCAAAACAAAAAAUUCAAAAUCCCCGCUCUACGCACCACCACCCGCAAGCCGAGCCGGCGAGGCUCCACCGUCAGCCUGUCCCGGACCAGUGGGGGAUCAUCCCCCCAAAGCAGCAUGAUGUCCAUUAUCCCCGGCUCAGAUGAGCCCCAAAGUGUGGCCACCCAGGGCACUGGGAGCAAGGAUGUUGAGGACAAUGAGUCAAGUUCAACCAAGCCAGAUGAGGAACCUCUCCAUAGCAAUCUGCAGAAGCUUCUGGAGAUGGUCUGGGAGGACGCACGAAGGACAAUAACCCUAGAAGAUGAGUUUCAAAAAAGAGUGCCCAGCCUCGUGUCAAUGAUGAAGCAAAACAAGAGUGAGUCAGGGUUGAAGGAGAUGCAGACCACCCUCAAGUCCAGUGAUAAGAGCAGCAGUACCAGUGGAGAGAGUCACACGCAGCAAACCCAGAAGAAGACAAAAAACCGCCUCACCCGGGACCUCCUCCACUGUAAGACGAGUAUUUGUUCCUCCAUGCACGCCAAGUUCUACAGCGUGGCCCAGGAGGCCGGCUUCUGUCUCCAGGACAAGAUGGAAAUCUUCAUGAAGCGGCAAGAAGAGAGAAGUCUCCAGAAAUUCAAUUCCUUUUUCCUUGCCUCAAAUUUCCAAAAGGAUCUUGCCAAAAUGAGGUACCACGCCUCCAUGGUAAAAGGAGAUGCAGAAGAAAUUGCAGACCACUGGUACUUUGAUCUGUUGUCCAAACUCCCCGAAGACCUGAAGAACUUCCUCCCAGCCAAAAAGAUCCUGGUGAAACUGCAGAAGUUUGGGGAGAACCUAGAUCUUAGGAUUCGGCCUCACGUCCUCCUGAAGGUGCUGCAGGAACUGAGGGUCUGGGAGCUGUGCUCCCCCGACAUUGCUGUGGCUAUUGAGUUUGUACGAGAGCACAUCAUCCACAUGCCUCAAGAAGACUACAUCAGCUGGCUGCAGAGCCGCAUCAGCAUCCCCAUCCGGCCCCACAGCGCGCCGGCGUAG